AUGAACAGCAAGACCGGGGCGUGCCCAGCUUUCCGUGAUAACAAGGAUCUAUAUGGUCUUGGUAUACGCCUAGGCUUUUACAUCCAAUGGGUGGGCUUGAUUGUUUGUGAGCUUUUCGACAAAAAGAAGUCGUGUGAUGAACCCAGGCACUCGCACUCCGAGUUUUUUGCGAUCCGGAUCACGAAUGCAUCAUUCGUUACCGCCGAGUUCAUCGCCAUUCUUGUGCAGAUCGCUAAAACAUCUCUCAAAUCUGAUCGGAAGACAGAGUUCAUCCAGCCAGUGGACAUUUAUAUCGUCCUCCUAUUAUGUUUUGGCUCCAGUCUUUUUCUCGUGGUGGUUUUCAUCUGGAACAUGUUCACACCGCUCAACGUCGACUACCCUAUGAGGCCAAGCCAACUCUCCGUUCGACUCAGCUGCUUGCUACUCGCCGCAGUAUCUCUUUUCCAACUCUGGUUCUGGUCACAGGAUUUGGAUUUCGAAAGUUGCAAGACAUACGGUUUCGCUUUUAACAAGACCACAAUAGAUCAUAUCACAUUCCGAGUCACACAUGGAAUCCUUUACGGAGCCCUGCUACUAGUGGUGCUAUUAAACUUCAUCAUUCUCUUUUUCUCACCAAAACGUUUUCCGCUUCUUGAUAAGCUAGGCCAGAAACUAUGGUCGAGAAAAAUGAAGGCAUGGUACUGCCUGGCCAAACUACUGGUCUGCGCUGUUAUCAUCGUUGCAACGGAAUUGACAAUCUCCUGGAAUGGCAUGAAAACCCUCUAUGAAAUCGACUCUGCUGGGCAAACUAUCCCAUUUGUGGUAGGGUGUUGCGUCUUGGCCCGCGUUAUCUACGUUACUGGCGCCCAGGACCACGUGUGGGAGUGGGAGGAGGUCGCCACCUGGAAAGAUAUGUUUGACUCGCUCAAACGACGAUUCCGGUAA